GCUUUGCUGUGUCCCAGGUGAGGUCCUCUCUGGGGAUCACCUCAUUGGCUAAAGAUGAGACCUCUCCUUCUCCUGUGUUUUGCCUUGCCCAGCCUCCUGCGUGCCCAGCAUGUCUGUUCCCGUGGGGCCUGCUAUCCACCUGUUGGGGACCUGCUCAUUGGGAGGACCCACUUUCUCCGAGCUUCUUCCACCUGCGGACUGACCAAGCCUGAAACCUACUGCACCCAGUAUGGUGAGUGGCAGAUGAAAUGCUGCAAGUGUGACUCCAGGCUGCCACACAAUUACAACAGUCACCGCGUGGAGAAUGUGGCUUCAUCCUCAGGCCCCAUGCGCUGGUGGCAGUCACAGAAUGAUGUGAACCCUGUCUCUCUGCAGCUGGACCUGGACAGGAGAUUCCAGCUUCAGGACAUCAUGAUAGAUUUUAAGGGGCCCAUGCCCGCUGGCAUGUUGAUUGAGCGCUCCUCGGACUUCGGCAAGACCUGGCGGGUCUACCAGUACCUGGCUGCUGACUGCACCUCCGUCUUCCCCCGGGUCCGCCAGGGCCAGCCCCAGAGCUGGCAGGAUGUUCGCUGCCAGUCCCUGCCCCAGAGGCCUAAUGGGCGCCCAAAUGGGGGGAAGAUCCAACUUAACCUUAUGGAUUUAGCAUCUGGGAUUCCAGCCCCUCAGAGUCAAAAAAUUCAAGAGCUGGGGGAGAUCACAAACUUGAGAAUCAACUUUACCAGGCUGGCCCCUGUGCCCCAGAGGGGCUACCGCCCCCCCAGCGCCUACUAUGCAGUGUCCCAGCUGCGUCUGCAGGGGAGCUGCUUCUGCCACGGCCACGCUGACCGCUGCACCCCCAACUCUGGAGCCCCUGCAGGCCCCUCCACCGCUGUGCAGGUCCAUGACGUCUGUGUCUGCCAGCACAACACUGCCGGCCCCAACUGUGAACGCUGUGCGCCCUUCUACAACAACCAGCCCUGGAGACCCGCGGAGGGCCAGGAUCCCCAUGAAUGCCAACGGUGUGACUGCAAUGGGCACUCAGAGACCUGUCACUUUGACCCGGCUGUGUUUGCUGCCAGCCAGGGUGCACAUGGAGGCGUGUGUGACAACUGCCGGGACCACACUGAGGGCAGGAACUGUGAGCGGUGUCAGCUGCACUAUUUCCGAAACAGACGCCCAAAUGUUCCCAUUCAGGAGACUUGUAUUCCUUGUGAGUGUGAUCCUGAUGGGGCAGUGCCAGGGGCUCCCUGUGACCCAGUGACCGGGCAGUGCAUGUGCAAGGAGCACGUGCAGGGAGAGCGCUGUGAUCUGUGCAAGCCGGGCUUCACUGGACUCACCUACACCAACCCACAGGGCUGCCACCGCUGUGACUGCAGCAUCCUGGGGUCUCAGCGGGACAUGCCAUGUGAUGAGGAGAGUGGGCGCUGCCUGUGUCUGCCCAAUGUGGUGGGCCCCAAGUGUGACCAGUGUGCUCCCUACCACUGGAAGCUGGCCAGUGGCCGGGGCUGUGAGCCCUGUGCCUGUGACCCCCACGGCUCCCUCAGCCCCCAGUGCAACCAGUUCACAGGGCAGUGCCCCUGUCGGGAAGGGUUUGGUGGCCUGACAUGCAGUGCCGCAGCCCUCCGCCAGUGUCCAGACAAGACGCAUGGAGACAUGGCCAUGGGAUGCCGAGCCUGUGACUGUGACUUCCGGGGAACGGAAGGCCCAGGCUGUGACAAGGCCUCUGGCCGCUGCCUCUGCCGCCCUGGCUUGACUGGGCCCCGCUGUGACCAGUGCCAGCGAGGCUACUGCAACCGCUACCCGGUGUGCGUGGCCUGCCACCCUUGCUUCCAGACCUAUGAUGCGGACCUCCAGGAGCAGGCCCUGCGCCUUGGCAGCCUCCGCAAUGCCACCACCAGCCUGUGGUCAGGGCCAGGUCUGGAGGACCUGGGUCUGGCCUCCCGAAUCCAGGAUGCCAAGAACAAGAUUGAGCAGAUCCAAGCAAUUCUUGGUGGUGCCUCUGUCACAGAGCAGGAGAUGGCCCAGGCGGCCAAUGCCAUCUUCUCCAUCAGGCGGACUCUCCAGGGCCUGCAGCCAGAUCUGAUCCUAGAGGAGGAGACGGCAUCCCUCCCAGGAGACCUGGAGAGUCUCAACAGAGGCUUCCAUCGCCUCCUUGUUAUGUAUCAGAACAAGAGGGAGCAGUCUGAAAAAAUAAGCAGUGCAGAUCCUUCAGGAGCCUUCCGCGUGCUGACUGCAGCCCGUGAACGGUCGGCCCAGGCUGCUCGGCAGGUCUCCGACAGCUCCCGCUUGCUGCUCCAGCUCAGGGACAGCCGGAGAGAGGCAGAGGGGCUGGAGAGGCAGGCGGGAGGCGCAGAAGGAGCCAGCGGCCCCCAGCUCGCGGCUCUGAGGCUGGAGAUGGCUUCCUUGCCUGACCUGACACCCACCAUCAACAAGCUCUGUGGUGGCUCCCGGCAAACGGCCUGUACCCCGGGAGCGUGCCCUGGUGAGCUGUGUCCCCAAGACAACAGGACAGCCUGUGGCUCCCACUGCAGGGGCAUCCUCCCCAGGGCUGGUGGGGCCUUCCAGACGGCGGGGCAGGUGGCUGAGCAGCUGCGGGGCUUCAGCUCCCAGCUCCAGCAGACCAGGCAGAUGAUUAGGGCAGCCGAGGAAGCUGCCUUGCAGGUGCAGUCAGAUGCCCAGCGCCUGGAGACGCAGGUGAGCACCAGCCGCUCACAGAUGGAGGAAGACGUCAGACGCACGCGGCUCCUCAUCCAGCAGGUCCGGGACUUCCUCACAGACCCUGAAACCGAUGCAGACACCAUCCAGGAAGUCAGUGAGGCCGUGCUGGCCCUGUGGCUUCCCACAGACUCAGCCACGGUCCUGCAGAAGAUGAAUGAAAUCCAGGCCAUUGCAGCAAGGCUGCCCAACGUGGACCUGGUGCUGACCCAGACCAAGCAAGACAUCGCGAGGGCCCGCAGGCUGCAGGCUGAGGCCGAGCAGGCCAGGAGUCGAGCCCACACAGUGGAGGGCCAGGUCGAGGAUGUGGUCGGGAACCUGCGGCAGGGCACGGUGGCGCUGCAGGAAGCUCAGGACACCAUGCAAGGCACCAGCCGUUCCCUUCGGCUUAUCCAGGACAGAGUUGCUGAGGUUCAGCAGGUACUGGGGCCAGCGGAGAGGCUGGUGAUGGGCAUGACGAAGCAGCUGGGUGACUUCCGGGCACGGAUGGAAGAGCUCCGCCGCCAAGCCCGGCAGCAGCGGGCGCAGGCAGCCGAGGCCCGGCAGCUCGCGGAAGGCGCCAGCGAGCACGCACUCAGUGCCCAGGAGGGAUUUGAGAGAAUAAAGCAAAAGUAUGCUGAGCUGAAGGACCGGUUGGGUCGGAGUCCCAUGCUGGGUGAGCAGGGCAGCCGGGUCAUGAGCAUCAAGACAGAGGCAGAGGAGCUUUUUGGGGAGACCAUGGAGAUGAUGGACAAGAUGAAAGACAUGGAGUCGGAGCUGCUGCGCGGAAGCCAGGCCAUCGUGCUGCGCUCGGCGGACCUGACAGGGCUGGAGAAGCGUGUGGAGCAGAUCCGCGACCACAUCAACGCCCGCGUGCUCUACUACGCCACCUGCAAGUGAUGCUCCAGCUCCCAGCCCCUGCCCCACCCAUCUUCCUCCUUUGCUUUUGGCGGGCAGACUGGGCUGAAAUGCUUGCCAGCUCCAGGAGACUUCGGUGCAGCCUAAAGCACAGGCCGGACCACCCUUGGUGCGCAGCUGUUAAGACACCCUGGGCUGCAGCUGAGCUUGAGCUGAUGGGACGCCUACAUUAGAGGGAGGGAUGGUAGAGGUGGGCAUGUCAUCGUGACUCUCAAGGGAGCUGGGCUGGCCAGUUUCCCUGCCCUCCAUCUCCCUUUGUCCCUUGUUGUGGCUUAAAUACAAAAACUUAAUAAAAAAUAAUGUGCAAGUGAA